UCUGCCUUCGUUGGAACGGUGCAGACGGACUCUGCCUUCGUUGGAACGGUGCAGACGGACUCUGCCUUCGUUGGAACGGUGCAGACGGAUUCUGCCUUCGUUGGAACGGUGCAGACGGAUUCUGCCAGGGCAGAAACCCUGCAGAAUGAAAUUGUCCAGUCAAACUUCAAUGAGACUGAAACCGUGCAGACGGACCCUGUCCUGACUGAACCAGUUUAUGCAGUCCAGACAGACACUGUGCAGAUGGAACCAGUCCACAGUGAAACUGUCCUUCCCGGCAUUGUGCAGACUGCGACUCUGCAGAGGGACCUAGCCCUAACUGACAGCACAGAGAUUAUUCAGACAGACAUGUCAACCACCAAUGAGGUAUCCACAAAUGACACUGUCAAUGUGGUCAGUGUCCCCAGCUGCACUCAGGAAGUUGAACUUGACCUCACCCUUGACCUCAGCAAUGAUUUCUGCUCUCAGAUAGUGGAGGAAGAUGACAAUAUAGCUGACAAUAUGGCUGAUUUUGAUGUCAGUGCUGCUGACAGUAUUGAAGAGACUGGGUGCCAGGCGUCUGUUGGGCUUAAUAGCAGAUUUCCGCAGGUGUCUUUGCUUUGGAUGCCCAUCCUUGACGCCCAUGUUAGCGUCCCGCCAGCCCGCUUCCGCCUCCUCCCAGGGGUCAAAGGGCAGCAAACGGUCGUUCAGGUGAUCCAGACGGAUGCGCCGCAACCAGAGUCUCCUUGCUCCUCCAUGUCGAGCCCAGACAGUCUGAGGAGCACCCACCAGCUACGCCCCCUCCUGGCCAGGAGGAAACACUGCACAGCAUGUAGGAUGUCAGGGAAUCUCACCCUGUGUGUCGUGUGUGGACGGCGCUUCCACAGGGAGUGUCACAUUCCACCCAUCUAUUCCUUAUCAACUGAGAGCUGGCAGUGUAUGCUGUGCCGGGACCUCUCUGAUCUGGCGUUGCUGCAGGACUACAGUGGGACCGACGGGGAACUGUGUAUGAGCCCUCCUGACCAAAUGACAGUGCAGCGUUGUCCUCUACAGACCAGCCAAGCUCUCUUCCCGGUCUUCUCACUACAUUGACAUCACCAUGAUACGGGGACGGUUGCUACGGAAACUGGUCCCCCCUUAGUGCACCCCGUCGGAAUUUGUGUCCGAUAUCUGGCUUCUCCUCCACACACU